UGUCAGACGUCAGUUUAAUGUUGACAAUUUUUUAUAAUUUUUGUUUGUGGUGUUCGAUAAUUUGUGAAAUUGAAAUGAGAACUUGAAGUUUUCAAAGAUAUUUGAUAGUAAAAUGAGUGAAAGUGGGGAUGAAUUGGAAACUCUGAUGCUAGCGGCAGCAGCGGCAGAUUCCAGGCAAUACGAGGAGAGCUCAGAGGAAUGUGAGGAGGAACCCCUUCCAGAAAAUGUUCAAAAAUCUCCUCCAAGAACUGAAAAAAUCCAUUAUUAUACUGAACCGGAGGUGCCUGAGCCGCAGAAGCCAAAUGCCUCUCCUCCACCUAAAAAAAGUUUAAAGAGAAAAUUAGAGGAAGACAUUCAACCCCAAAAAUUUGUUAAAGUAUCUGAUACUCAAGAGAGUGGCAGUCAUGCCCAAGUAGUAGCAACUCAUUAUAACUUAAUAGAAGACAAGGGGCUAGAUGAAAGAUCCAAAAGUAGAAUAGUUUACAUGCGCAGCUUUAAUAACUGGAUAAAAAGUAUGUUGAUAAAUGAGUACCUAACAAAAAUAAAGGAGGGUAAAAAGCAACAUAAUGCUCCAAUAAGAGUUCUGGAUAUGUGCUGUGGUAAAGGUGGAGAUCUGCUCAAAUGGAAGAAAGGAAAUAUAAGUCAUUUGAUAUGCACUGACAUUGCUGAAGUGUCUUUAGAACAUUGUAAGCAGAGGUAUGCCGAUAUGAAACAAAGAGCUCAAAAUGAAAGAGGGUGGAAUGCUGGUAAUAUUUUUACAAUGGAAAUUAUCCCUGGAGAUUGUGGCAAAGUGAGGAUACGGGAAAAGUACAAUGAUCCUUCAAUUAAAUUAGAUUUGGUCAGUUGCCAGUUUGCUUACCAUUACAGUUUUGAAAGCUUAUCUCAGGCUGAGUGUAUGCUGAAAAAUGCCUCAGAAUGCUUACAACCUGGGGGGUAUUUUAUUGGUACCAUCCCAGAUUCCAAUGAAAUAAUAGCAAGAGCUAGAAAGUCUGGAUCCAGUGGCUUCAGCAAUGACAUCCUACAAGUAACUCUGGAUUUUAACAUUAACGAUCCUCCUUUGUUUGGGGCGAAGUAUGAUUUCCAUCUGGAUGGAGUUGUCAAUUGUCCCGAAUUUCUUGUACAUUUUCCCACUUUUGUAAAACUAGCCAAAAAGUUUGGCUUAAAGCUGGUAAUGAAAGAAAAAUUUUAUGAAUUCUUUGAAAAGAUGAAAGAGGAGGGUAAACAACUACUAAACACCAUGAGGGCCAUGGAGAGUUACCCUCCACACGAAACGGCCACUUUGGCGGGUGAUUUAGACGACUAUCGCCAUGCAGAAGAGUUUAUUAAGAAACAAGGGAAUGUUAAAAUAGGCACUUUGUCUAAGAGUGAAUGGGAAGCUGCAUCUUUAUAUUUGACUUUUGCCUUUGUGAAAGUAAAAAAUACGUCGUGGAACGCCGAUGGAACUCCAAACUAUGACAUAUAAUGGCAAUAUAAUCAUAUUAGAUAUUUUGUAAAGAGAAGUUUAUGAUUGUAUGGACUAAGAGUAAUUGUUUUUUUUUAUGCAGAAAUGUAUGAAAUAUUUUAUAAAAAAUGACUGCUA